GUUGAGAGGUAUAAUCAGAAAAAGAGGCCAAUACAGUGCUACAGGUGUCAGGAGUGGGGUUACUCUCAGCACCUGUGCACUAACCCAGAGCGAUGUUGCAAGUGUGCCAAUUCUCACAGGAGUAAGGAAUGCCCUCUCAGACAAGAUGAAGCACCCACCUGCAUUUAUUGUCGAGAAAAUCAUGUCAACAGUUAUCGUGGUUGUGGUUAUUACAGAAGGAAAUUUGAGAAGAAAACAGAGAAGAAGCCCACCGCUAAUCCUAAUGAGUACGUAAAGAUUGAUGAUGACUUUCCCAUACUCCCAAGUAAAGCACCGGUAACACCGAGAAGGAAAAUAGCUCUUCCUCGCGAUGAGAAAGUCAAGGUAUUUAUCCAACCUCCCCCAGAUGAUCUUCGAGAAGCAGUAAGUUGGCUGAGAGAUUAUAAAGUUAGCAGUUUCCUGCGAAGCAUGAUUGAUCACACUGCGAAAAUUCUUGCUGCAAAGUCUGCUGCCGAAAAACUAAUGGAAGAGUUGGGGCUUAGAGCAGCGAUGAUGCUUGUGAAGUUUGCGGAUGAUAAAAAUUAA